GCCAACCUUGUCAUCACAGUUGUAAAUCGAAAUAAAUCCUGUGGCUUUUCUCUGUCGGAGUCCCGUGCCUUCCUGCUUCGUCGACCUGUUCGUCGUGCUGGUCAGGUGAGCCAGCAGGGACUCUGCAAACUCCAAUCCAAGGUUGGGCAGGUGCUCUGCCUUUGCAUUGAUAGUAGGAGUUCCUACUUAGCACAGGCUAAAAGUAGUAGAAAGGAAAGUAAAAGAAAACUCUGCACAUUACACAAUCCUACAAGAAUCCCAUCAGCCAAACUUCCUGAACUACAAAUCCAACAAGACUCCUUUCAAGGCUGCAGCAUCUUUUACACACAUCCAUCUUUCGCUGUUGCCACGAGCCGGCCAGCCACUUCCAUCUUUCGCCAUUCCUGCAGCUGGCAGCAAGUCAUAAGUGUCCCUGCCGACCAACCACAAAGAAUUAAAGACGCGAGCGAGGCCCGGAGGACGCCAUUGCCGCCCUCCAUCUCCUCCUCCUUGGCUUCAACUCCACUCCUCCCAUGCUUGCUUUCCAACCCAAGGGAUAACCGCCCGUCCAAGCGCCUCCACGUACGCCCCAACUGCACCGAGCAAGAACAGCAAGUAGUGGAGGACGACGUGGUCCGUUGAUCUGCCCAUCUCCAUGGGGAAGCUUAGCUGCAGGAGCCUCUGCUGCAUGGGCCCUCCGCGGGCGGCCUCGCCGGCCGGCGCCGCCGUCGACGCCACCGCCGGCGUCAGGGUCAAGGUCAGCGACCGAUAUGUUGAGAUAAAAAAUGGCAUCUUUGAGCUGACGCUGUCCAACCCCGACGGGAUCGUGACCGGUGUACGCUACAAUGGUGUGGAUAACCUCAUGGAAAUCCUUAACAAGGAAGACAACAGAGGGUACUGGGACCUUGUUUGGAACCCACCAGGACAGAAAACUGGCAUCUUUGAUGUGAUCAAAGGUACUGAGUUUCGCAUCAUAUAUCAUGAUGAGAACCAGGCUGAGGUCUCCUUCACCAGAAACUGGGAUCCUUCUCUAGAAGGCAAAGCUGUCCCCUUGAACAUCGAUAAGAGGUUCAUCGUUCUCCGGGGUUCUUCAGGAUUCUACACCUAUGGAAUCUACGAGCAUAAGGAAGGAUGGCCUGAUUUUGGCUUGGGAGAGACAAGGGUUGCUUUCAAGCUCCGGAAAGACAAGUUUCAUUACAUGGCAUUGGCUGACGACAGGCAGAGAAUUAUGCCAAUGCCCGACGACCGACUGCCUCCCCGAGGUCAGCCAUUAGCAUACCCUGAGGCUGUGCUCCUUGUGGACCCAAUCAAUCCUGACCUCAGAGGGGAGGUUGACGACAAGUACCAGUACUCUUGCGAGGACCAGUACAACAAUGUCCAUGGAUGGAUGUCAUUCGAUCCUCCCAUUGGCUUCUGGCAGAUCACUCCAAGUGAUGAGUUCAGGACAGGAGGACCCCUGAAGCAGAAUUUGACCUCUCAUGUUGGCCCCACUAUGCUGGCUAUGUUUCUUAGCGCACAUUAUGCGGGGGAUGACCUUUCACCCAUGUUUACGAAUGGAGAAUACUGGAAAAAGGUCCAUGGACCGGUAUUCAUGUACCUUAAUUCCAGUUGGGACGGGAGUGACCCAACCAUGCUCUGGGAGGAUGCAAAAGUUCAGAUGAUGAUUGAGAAAGAAAGCUGGCCAUAUUCUUUCGCACUUUCAGAUGAUUUUCAGAAGACUGAGCAAAGAGGAUGCGUCUCUGGUAGAUUAUUAGUUCGUGACAGGUAUAUAGAUGAUGGGGACCUUUAUGCCUCUGGAGCCUAUGUAGGCUUGGCCCUACCAGGAGAAGCUGGAUCCUGGCAAAGAGAGUGCAAGGGAUACCAAUUCUGGUGUAGAGCAGACGUAGAUGGGAGCUUCUACAUAAGGAACAUUGUAACUGGGAACUACAACCUGUAUGCAUGGGUUCCCGGUUUCAUAGGGGACUACAAAUUAGAUGCUACACUGACGAUAGCUUCAGGGGAUGAUAUUUAUCUGGGUGACCUUGUGUAUCAACCACCAAGAGACGGUCCGACGAUGUGGGAGAUUGGAGUACCUGAUCGAUCUGCCGCUGAGUUCUAUGUUCCAGAACCUAACCCCAAAUACGUCAAUAGAUUGUACAUCAACCACCCUGACAGGUUUAGGCAAUACGGACUUUGGGAACGAUAUGCAGAACUAUACCCAGACAGUGAUCUGGUGUACACAAUCGGCCAGAGCGACUAUAGCACCGAUUGGUUCUAUGCUCACGUUAACAGAAAAGUUGAUGAGAACACUUACCAACCAACUACAUGGCAAAUCAAGUUCAAUCUUGACAGUGUGAGUCCAGGCAGCGCCUAUAAGUUCCGAGUAGCGCUUGCGUCUUCGGCACGUGCUGAGUUGCAGGUUUUCUUCAACGAUAAGGACAGGGGUGUUCCUCACUUCGCCACUGGACUGAUCGGCAGGGACAACGCCGUAGCAAGGCACGGGAUCCAUGGGCUAUACUGGCUGUUCAACAUCAAUGUGGAUAGUGCCUGGCUUGUCCAAGGGAUGAACACAAUCUACCUGAAGCAGCCCAGGAACCAGAGCCCGUUUCAGGGGCUGAUGUAUGACUACUUGCGAUUGGAGGGACCGUGUGGUUGCUAAUAUGUUCUGCACCAACUAGCUGAUAGUUAUUGUGAAAAUACAACUGUAUUCGCUAUAUGACUCCAAAUGCCUAUGAUUGGAGAAGUGUAACAUUGUGGAGUUACAUAGCUUAGGCUAGUUGAGUUUUCUCAUUUGUCCGACCAUUCAGUCUAAGCUGAGUAGCUGACCUAGCUUGUCUUACCUAGUUUCUGUGCACUUUUCAAGUAGAGAGUUGCAAUGACCUAGUAUGGAUACGUAUUUAUGUAUUAGUUAGCAGUAUCAUCCAUCCUCUAAUACGCACUGGUUAAUUCUAUUCUUUUUGUAUGGUGCGAA